UACAAAAUGACGUCAGCUUCCUGGAGGGAACCACGUGACCAUUGCGGCCGGCUGGGGGCGGAGUCAGACGUCAGGCUUCGUUGAGCUCCGCAUCCCGGUUUGUUCGGUGUACCGGAGAAGGCUUCUACUGAUUUCAAAGAUCUGCUACCGUCAGCGGAUCAGAUGGAGGCAGCAGCUAAUGGAGGAGGACUGGUGCAUGAUGGGAAGGAGGACGCCCUCAGUCCAGAGGAUCUGUCUGAGAUGUUGGCAGCAGGAACCAAAGAGAUCCAUGAAAAGGCCGAGAACACUCAGUUUGUGAAAGAUUUCCUGAGAGGACGGAUCCGUAAAGAGCUGUUCAAGAGGGGCGCUGUGGCGCUCUACUACACCUACUCAGCCAUGGAGGAGGAGAUCGAGAGGAACAAGGACCACCCCCACUUUGCUCCUCUGUACUUUCCUGCAGAGCUUCACCGACAUGAAGCUCUGGCCCGGGACCUCCAGUACUUCUACGGUCCGGACUGGCAGAGCCAGGUGAGCUGCUCCCAGGCCACCCAGCACUACGUGGACCGCAUCCACCAGGUGGGGCAGGAGGACCCGGUCCUGCUGGUGGCCCACGCCUACACCCGCUACAUGGGGGACCUGUCUGGAGGCCAGGUUCUGAAGAAGGUGGCUCAGAGGGCCUUGAAGCUGCCGCCCACCGGAGAGGGCCUGGAGUUCUACCAGUUCGAUGCCAUCCACAGCGCCAAAGCCUUCAAGCAGCUCUACCGCAGCCGCAUGAACGAGCUGGACCUGGACCUGCACACCAAGAAGAGGCUGGUGGACGAAGCCGUCAAGGCCUUCCUCUUCAACAUGGAGGUGUUUGACGAGUUAGAAGAAAUUGGAAAAUCCAUCCAGGAGGAGGUUCUAGAUGCUGGGAUGGAGGUUCAUGGAGGGAUGGGAGGAGACAUCAGCAAAUGUCCUUAUUAUGCUGCCAAGAUGGCGGCUUCAGGUGGGACGGCGUACUUCUGUCAGCUGGCCAUGGCCGUCCUCCGACACCCCACCGGACAGGUGCUGUUUGCUACCUGGUUUGCUGCCUUGGCUGGAUUGGCUGCCUGGUACCUGAUGUGAGGACAGGAAGGAGAGCCGUCAGAGGUUCAUACAAACGUUCUGUUUCCUGGUGAGGGAGACCCAUAGGAGAUAAACUGUUGUUAUUCCAGAUAAAUGAUGUGUAGGACCAUCUGGACGUCCAUCCAUCCAUCCGUCCAUCCAUCCAGCUACACUUAUGUCCUUCAUAGUUUUUAUUUUUCUACCUCCUCCCAGUGUUUCUGAUUCAUCCACAUCUACCGUCACUGUUUCUGAUUCUCUGAUUGAAGCGACAUUUUCACCAGUUUUAGUCAACUUUUAUUGAAUCUGACAGUACGGUGGUGUUUUAGUGCAGUCUGGUUUUGGACUACAGCUAAGUUAAUGGAGUUUUUCAUUAUUAUUAUAGUUUCAUGCUGAGCUCAGCAGGGUUUUGCUGGACAGACUGCUGUUGAUUUCUACACUGAAUGCUCAGCUGUUAGACACUUAUUUAGUAUUAUUAACAUUAUUUCUAUGCAUAUUUCCAAACCACAUAAACUUCAAUGCUGAUUGGAUUUAAACAUUUACAGCUGAUGAGGCAUAAAGAGAUAAAAGUUUAACAUUACGAUGCAUUUAAUUAGUAAAUAACUGAAUUAAGAGGAGCUUCAUAACUUCCAGCACAACAAGACAUUUAACUCUCAAUGAAACGUCUAAAGUAAUAAAAUCAUAAAAGUGUUGAGGUGUGACCACCGGACGGGUAAACGUUUGAGAUUAAAACAGGCACAAAAGUAGAAAAGCGCUCAGAAAGCAGGACUCCUCCAAGGCUGCUCAUCGUUGGAUCAUUUCUGACGGAUAAGUCCUGAGCCAUGGAUUUGUAGUAGGACCACAAGGAUCCACAUUUGUCCAAAACUAUUAGAAAUUUGUCCAGAACUUAUUCAAAAAAGUCCUCUAUUCCUGUUAACAAGCUGUCCAAAAUGAGUUAAACAUCUGGGCUGGCUUAGAAGGGUUCCAGAAAUGACUAAAACAAUAAAAACACCUCAGAAAAGUGUGUCCUAAAAUGUUGUUAAAAUUAGUCAAAAAUCACCCUGAAAUGACUAGAAAUUACUCACAGUUGUCCAGAACCUGAAAAAAAUCCUCAUAAACUGCUGAAAAUCUGUCCACAGUGAGUUAAUCAUCUGGAAUGGCUGAAGGAUUAAAAAAUACUAAAAAUGGGUCCAAAAUGACUUUAAAAUGUCUUCAAACUAUCAAAAUUUCUUCAAAAGUAGGAAUUAUUCACAGCUGCAGUUUGUCACAUCCACCGCGUUCCUUGGGAGAAUAAUUCGUGCAAUCUGCAUAAUAUCCACUGGACUUUAUUCAUUUAAUGAUUAAGCUCAUGUCUGUGGAGAUCCUCGGUCAUCGUAGUAAUCAGAAGUCCAGCUGCUUUCUACUGAAGCUCCUAUGGCUGAGAAAAGUCCGUGGACGCUGCGUUCCUUGGCUUCUAAACUGUAAAAAAACUGCAGAGAAAUGAAUGGUGACGCGAACAGGAACCUGCAGUGAGUUAGAAAACCUGUUUAAUCUGAACAGUUUAUUUCCACAUUUAGGUUUGUAGUUCAGUAAAACUUUGAAUUAAUAAUCUAAUAACUGUGAUGAGAGACAGGAGGUUUAUUUUGGAAAUAUAAACUGUCUUCUUGUAUUCUUACAUGUCAUGAUUCAUACGUGAUCCUCUGAACACGGCUGACUGGAAUCAGCAGUGAAGAAUAUUUAAUCUCUCCUGAUGCAUGCUCGCCUCCACUAUCCUGCUCCUCAAUCUGUGAUCGUGCACCUUGUUUAAAAACUGCCUGUUGGUUUGACGAUGCAGUGAUUGAUUAGUUCUGCCUGCUGGAGCCUACAUUAGGACAGAGUUACCAGAAGUAGAAGCUCAUGAAGGUUACAGAUGUGAUCCAUCUAUAGAGGAGAUCAUCAGAUACUGCACAUCCCAGUAGACACGUUCAGUUUUAUCAGUUUGAGGAGGAAUAUUUCUCCUGGAUGCAGUGUUUAACGGUUGAACUUAGUAUUUGUCCUGAUUGAGUCUGUUCUCUAAUGAAGCUUCAGGACCAGGGUUAGAACAGCAGCUGGUUAUCACACAGGUGUUUCAGUGAGUCACAUUAAUGCAGAGACUAAUCAGGGUUCAUUCACUCUGGAGUUUCUGUUGUUUUUACAUUUGUAUCAUAAGGUGUGAUGUAAGAAAGCUUCAGUGUUUUUAGACAGACUUUAAUCUCAGGAGGCCAUAAAUCAGAUGGAGCUCGACUGGUUCAUGUUGGUUCUGAAUGAAAUCUAUGAAAUAUAAAUCCUUCUGUCUGUACAGAGCUUUAUUAGUGACGAAACAAUUAAACCACUUUCCAAACUUC